AUCGACCUCAUCGUAGAAGCGUACAACAGUAAAUAAAUAAAUUCUAAAACAUUUUACCCCGCUUGAAAGGAAAAAAAAAAUGAAGAUCAAUGAUUAAUUUGUGUGACUCGAACGUGUUCUUCUUGCUGGCAGGACAAUGAUAACUGAGUUGUCAGAUACCUCGCUUCCUACUUAAGUAAAUCCAUCAUGGUUCAAUUCUCGGCAGGAGAGAGCGAAGGGCCAAAACUUGGAGUUUUCACAAGUGGGAAACAUGUUGGAAGUUGCCGAGUUGGAUGAUGGACCGGCCCGAGAUGCGGGCCCUGGUGCCCGUGUGGUCGGCGGCCACCGACGCCCUGCUCGACGGCCACCUGCCGUCCAAGCUGGCGUUCCGGGGCCGCCUCGAUGUCACGGACAAGACGCGGGAGGGCUUCUACGUGCCGCGCCACGCGGAGAGGCGGUUCCCCGUGCUGGAGGAGCUGCUGGAGGACCGCACCUGCCCCGUGCGCCCCGUGUACGUGUGCUACUUCGAGCGGGCCGCCCCUCCCGAGCCGCCUCCCCCGCCCGAGCAGCCGGCCGACAGGAGCUCAGGUCGCAAGUCAGUCCAAAACAACAACAAGAAGGCUGCCAGCAGCCAGGGCCAAGAAGAAGUGAAGAUGUCCCCUCCAGAAGACCGCAGUAUCUACUUGACUGAUCCUUACCUACCUGAGUACCUUCAGCAGCUGCAGAAGACACUGACAAUACCUAAGGAGCCGCAGGACGCGAGUGCGAACAGGAUCGAAGAGAGGGCCAGGAUCGUGGCACAGUUCGUUGCCGACCAGAUGAGCGGCAGAGACCCCGAAGAAGCGUGCGAUGCGCGCCAACUGGAGUUGCAUCUGUACCAGCUAAAGGUGUUCCUGGAAACAAACGUGAUCCCGCUGGGCCACCUGCGGGUGGGCACGCACUUGGAGCGCGCGGUGCUGUUCAAGGUGCUCGCGGACCGGCUGGGACUGCCGUGCGCGCUGGUCCGGGGCCCGUACGGCCGAUCCUGGGUGGAGGUCGCCGUGCCACAGGGCGACAACGUCGAUGGUGAAGGCACGUAAAAGACACGGUUUGGCGUGAACAGGCCUGGUUUGCGGGUUUCGGCCGCACUUAGAGUUUGAAGAAAUACUCUCCAAAUUUUCAGUUCCAGUCGGUACCCUGAAAAUGGUGACUGCACAGUUGACAAUAAGUCCGACAUUAUUUCUACAAACUUGGCGCUGCUGAAACCCACGAACCAAGCAGAUUCAGAUGCUGGUCCCGAAAGCCUGCAGACUAUGGUUCUCACCAAGUGAAAUGGUUUUUUUUCAGUUGGCCUGCUGGCACUACCAACGAGGUUGCUCAGACCUAACCACAUUGUUGACCUCAUGUACAACGUUGGGCAGUUGCUACCACUCCACACGUAUGAAGCAGACGUUUAUAUUGGAAAACCAACAUCGAGAAACUUAAAUGCAUGCAUAACAAAAAGUCAUGAAUCAACACUCGAUCAAAAAACUUGAAUUUUAACAAAUACAGAGUAAAGGUACUUUAACACCAAAAAUAAUUUGAUUGCCUGGUUAAUGGUAGUAAGAAAUAUACGUGUAUUAUUAAAAUUUUAGUGCUUAAAUUACAAUGAUGUAAAUAAGCUAACACAUUAGCCUUGUUCAGUGAAUGUUAGUUAGUGAUGUAAGCUGUAAGGUAUGUGAAUGUAUUCAAAUAUAAUUUUCUUCUCUUAAAA